AUGAAGCUGCUGGUGUCCCUCACCUUCCUGGCCGUGCUUGCAGUGGCACUGGGGCACCCCGACCCCGCACUGGACUGGCACUGGCAGCUCUGGAAGAGUUGUCCUGGUUUCAGCUGGGAUAGAAAAGAGGAAGGGGACCGACGUGCAACAUGGGAGAGGAACCUGCAGCUGGUGACACUGCACAAUCUGGAGCACUCCCUGGGGCUGCACUCCUACGAGCUGGGCAUGAACCACCUGGGAGAUGUGACCAGUGAGGAAGUGGUGGCUUUGUUAACUGGGCUGAAUGUUGCUCCUCAAUCAAACCAGACCUCCAUGUACCGACUGCAGCCUGGCAGCAAAGUCCCUGACACGGUGGACUGGAGGGAGAAGGGAUGCGUCACGGACGUGAAGUACCAGGGCGCCUGUGGGUCGCACUGGGCGUUCAGUGCUGUGGGAGCCCUUGAAGCCCAGAUGAAGCUGAAGACAGGGAAGCUGGUGUCCCUGAGUGCCCAGAACCUCGUUGACUGCACCAGGAGCUACAGGAACAAAGGCUGCAGUGGCAGAUGGAAAACCAAAGCUUUCCAGUACAUCAUCGACAACCAAGGGAUUGACUCAGAUGCGUCCUACCCCUAUACUGCUCAGGACAGUGUGUGCCACUACAACCUGACGGCAUGGGCAGCCACGUGUUCCAGGUACGUCGAGCUACCACGUGGCAAUGAAGCCAUGGUGAAGGAUGCCAUCACCAAUGUGGGGCCCAUCUCUGUCAGCACUGAUGCCAGUCAGCCUACCUUCUUCUUGUACAAAUCUGGUGUCUACCAUGACCUGAACUGCUCUCAGGUGGUGAAUCACGCCAUGCUCAUCAUCGGCUACGGCCCUUUGGAUGGGGAGGACUACUGGCUUGUGAAAAACAGUUGGGGUGUGCAUUUUGGUGACCAGGGCUAUAUCUGGAUGGCGAGGAACCAUGGAAACCACUGCGGGGUUGCCAGCUAUGGUAUUUACCCCAAGAUCUAG